AAACCAUUUUAAAACAAAAUGACAGACAAAACCAUUUAAAUUUUACAGUGUGUAGGGUCCCAUUUUCUCAACAAUAAAUAAACAAAAAUUUGUUCUUGCAAUGAACCAGAAGAAUAUAUUAUAUAUAUUUAGGAGAAAUUAAAACCAUAUUUUCAUUCAUUCUUAAAAACCUUUGAACUCAUUUAAUUUAUUUGUUACAACGGUUUCCUCAAAAUCUAAAUUAAAAACCCUCUCUGUCUCAAAUUCCCAACCUUAUCUUAGGGUUUUCCGUUUCCUCUUCUCUGUCGAAAUUCUUCAAUUAUUCAUUCAUGAAGGAUUUGAAUUCCGAUCUCUUUGACCCUGUCACCGUCAUGGAAUCCGAAUGGGCUCACGGUGGUGGUUCAACUUCCGAUGCCGAUUUCGGAUUCGCUUUCAAUGACAGUAAUUUCUCCGAUAGGGUUCUUCGUAUCGAGAUCAUGCCUGACCCUGUUGAUCCUCAGCCUGAUUCUGAACUUUGUACCACCAUCGCUGAUUGGGCUCGACAUCGGAAGAGGAGACGCGAAGAUGUUAAGAAAGAAAACGGUGUGGAUAUGCCGGAUGAGCAAAUUUUGAAUGGGAACCAACCUGAGAUGGAUGAUUUUGUGGCUUCUGAAAAUCAGGAUGAAGAGGUCGUUGCCAUGGUUGAAGAGUUUCCUUCUGGUGAUGAAGCUGUUAAUACCAAUGAUGAUCCAAACCUGGGCAUGGAUUUCUCUGAAGCUGAUGUUAGAGUUAAAACCCUACAUAUAAGUUCUCCUAUUUUGGCCGCAAAAAGCCCUUUCUUCUAUAAGCUUUUCUCAAAUGGGAUGAGGGAAUCAGAGCUGAGACAUGUCACCCUGAGAAUUAAUGCCUCUGAAGAAGCUGCUCUCAUGGAGCUACUGAAUUUUAUGUAUAGCAAUAACUUGAGCGUUAGGACCGCACCUGGUUUGCUUGAUGUGUUGAUGGCUGCAGAUAAAUUUGAAGUUGCUUCAUGCAUGAGAUUAUGUAGUCGGUUGUUGCGGAAUUUGACCAUGACACCUGAAUCUGCAUUGCUUUACCUGGAGCUUCCUUCCAGUGUCUUAAUGGCUGACGCAGUUCAACCAUUGACCGAUGCUGCAAAGCAGUAUCUUGCUGGCCGAUACAAAGAUAUAACCAAGUUCCAGGAAGAGGUUAUGAACUUGCCCUUAGCUGGAAUAGAGGCAAUAUUAUCUAGUGAUGAUCUCCAGGUUGCAUCAGAAGAUGCUGUAUAUGACUUUGUGUUGAAAUGGGCAAGACACCAGUACAGCAAUCUUGAAGAAAGGCGAGAAGUUCUAGGUGCACGGCUUGCACGAUUAAUUCGCUUCCCUUAUAUGACUUGCCGAAAGCUUAAGAAGGUCUUAACCUGUAGUGAUUUUGAACAUGAUGUUUCAUCCAAGCUUGUACUUGAAGCCCUAUUCUUCAAGGCAGAGGUUCCACAUCGCCAACGGUCACUAGCAGCAGAAGAGCCUGCUUUCUCAAGCCGUCGUUUCUUGGAGAGGGCAUACAAAUACCGUCCUGUCAAGGUGGUUGAAUUUGAACUUCCCCGCCAGCAGUGUGUGGUGUACUUGGAUCUAAAGCGUGAAGAGUGUUCCAAUUUGUACCCAUCUGGCCGUGUUUAUUCUCAGGCAUUCCACUUGGGUGGACAGGGAUUUUUCCUUUCGGCACAUUGUAACAUGGAUCAACAAAGCUCUUUCCAUUGCUUUGGUCUGUUUCUAGGAAUGCAGGAAAAGGGUUCCGUCAGCUUCACCGUGGACUAUGAAUUUGCUGCAAGGUCAAGACCAACAGAGGAGUUUGUCAGCAAAUACAAAGGCAAUUACACAUUCACAGGUGGCAAGGCCGUUGGCUACAGAAACUUGUUUGCAAUUCCAUGGACUUCAUUCAUGGCUGAGGAUUGUCUUUACUUCAUCAACGGUGUUCUACAUCUCAGGGCUGAGCUCACCAUCAGACAUUCAAAUUUGUAAACUUUUUAUAUUCCAGUUGGUAGCUCUGACCUUUUUAUAGCUGUUGAAUUCUCAUCAUCUGUAAUAUUGUUCUACCAACUAACCUUCUAUAAUGUCAUGUUAGAAACCUUUUCUAAUAUUGUUCUGUUGGUUAACCUUCUAUAGUGCCUUGCCUACUAUUGCAUGAAAUUGAAAGGAUAAAUUUUUAUUA